AAGAUGAUGGAAAAUAGAGCAGAAACUAUUUCAGAUGGUUUGAAAGAAGUGAUUAAGAAAAUAAGUUUGUUUUAGAGAUAGUUCUGCUCUUCAUAAGGUUAUUCAUAUUAAUGAUUAUUCAUGGGAGG